AUGUUUGUGAACGGUAAUCAAUCUAAUUUCGCUAAACCCGCUGGUCAAGGUAUUCUGCCCAUUCCUAAAAAAUCUCGAAUUAUUAAGACUGAUAAGCCAAGACCGUUCUUGUGUCCUACAUGCACUAGGGGUUUUGUCAGACAGGAGCAUUUGAAGAGACAUCAGCAUUCGCAUACCCGUGAGAAACCGUAUCUUUGUAUCUUUUGCGGCAGGUGUUUUGCUCGUAGAGAUCUAGUGCUCAGGCAUCAGCAAAAACUUCAUGCUGCUCUUGUAGGUACGGGCGAUCCCGGGCGAAUGACUUCAGCAUCAAAUUCGAAUUCUUCCUUUGCCCCUAAGCGUCGCCAUUCCGUGGCUGCAGACGAUCCAUCCGACCUCCAUAUCAUUAAAAUAGCCGGAAACAAAGAAACUAUUCUGCCUACCCCAAAGAACCUUACUGGUAAGACACCUGAAGAGUUGAAAGAAGCCGUGGUCGCUCUGGCCAAAUCAAAUAAUGUAGAGCUCCCCGCCCCGGCCCCCAUAAUUAAUAAUAAACAAGUAAAAACUCCUCCUAGUAAGGCAGGCUCCCUAGGAUUCAAAGAAUUCAAAUUCAACGCAAAAGGUGUACCGGCUCACUCUGCAUCAAGCGAUGCCGUUAUCGACAGAGCGUAUACUCCCUCUUCCAUGCAUAAGACGAAAAGACACGCGUCUUUCUCUGCAUCCAGUGCGAUGACCUAUAUGUCUAAUAACAACAGUCCUCACCAUUCCAUUACCAAUUUCGAGCUAAUUGAAGACGCCCCGCAUCAAGUCGGUUUUUCCACCCCACAGAUGACUGCCAAGCAACUCAUGGAAAGUGUCUCCGAACUAGAUUUACCUCCAUUGACUCUGGACGAACCGCCACAGGCUAUCAAGUUUAACUUGAAUCUAUUCAAUAAUGGCCCCUCCGGACAGCCACAGCCACAGCAAAGUUCUACCUCUAGUACCAUAGUGAACAGCAACAAUGGAAGCACAGUUGCUACACCGGGGGUAUAUCUCUUGAAUAGCGGUCCCUCUUUGACAGAUCUUCUAACAAUGAACUCUGCGCAUGCAGGUGCCGGCGGGUACAUGUCUACUCAUCAGUCGCCAUUUGAUUUGGGCUGCUUCAGCCAUGACAAACCGACAACUUCUGAAUUUAACCUUCCUUCAAGCUUCUCGCAUACUAUGGUGUCAAAUUCUACCACGGCUUCUAACAGUUACAGCAAUUUGGCGAAUCAAACCUAUAGAGAAAUGAGUAAUGAGCAGCCGCUUUUAUCCCUGUCUCCAAAAAACCCACCGACAACCGUUUCGGACUCCUCUUCCACGGUCAAUUUCAAUUCGAGCACCAAUAAUUUAUUGGAAUCAUCAAUGCAGACCAAUGAUAAGGAUAGUAAUGUCGAUCCAGCUGCCAUAGAUGACAAGUGGCUAUCUGAAUUCAUUAACAACUCUGAUCCAAAAUCUACCUUCAAGAUCAACUUCAAUCAUUUCAAUGAUAUCGGGUUUAUUUAUUCCCCGCCUUCAUCAAGAUCAUCCAUACCAACCAAGUCACCUCCAAACCUGUCAGCUGUUUCAUUAUCACCUCAUUUAAACCUAGGCUUGAGUGGAAGCACAGAUCUACCAGUUACACCACAAAACCAACUGAAGGAGCCUUCCUAUUCUGACCCUAUUUCCCACAGCUCUCAUAAGAGGCGUCGUGAUAGCGUCAUGAUGGAUUACGAUCUGUCCAAUUUUUUUAGCUCAAGGCAAUUAGACAUCUCAAAGGUAUUAACUGAGACAGAACCAGAUAAUUCUAAUGUGAACGACGAUAUUCUCACUUUGUCUUUUUCCAAUGAAACAGAUUCUACUGAAACACAGAAACAGCCACCUGUACUUACUCCUUCGGACUUGUUAUCGCCAUUUUCUGUUCCUUCAGUUCCAGGGGUACUUUUUACAGAUGAACUAAGAAGUAUGAUGCUAGUGGACAAUAAUAUCGAUUCGGAAGCUUUCCCCACAACCAGUCAAUUAAACGGUUAUGUGACUUACUACAGGGAAGAAUUCCAUCCCUUUUUUUCAUUCGUUCACCUUCCUUCUAUCAUACCUAAUAUGGACAGUUAUCCCUUGUUAUUAUCUAUUUCCAUGGUCGGGGCAUUAUAUGGGUUCCAUUCAACGCAUGCAAAAGUGUUGGCCAAUGUUGCAAGCACCCAGAUUAAAAGAAGCUUGAAAGCUAGUGAGAAAAACCCGGAGACAACAGAGUUAUGGGUUAUACAGACAUUAGUGUUGUUAACAUUCUACGGCAUCUUUAAUAAAAAUACAACAGUAAUUAAGGGGAUGCAUGGUCAACUGACAACAAUUAUUCGCCUCUUGAAGUCUUCUCGUUUGAAUUUACCUUUAGAGUCUAUAUGUCAACCGCCUAUUAAGAGUGAUCAUAUGAUGGAAUACGAGAACAGUCCUCAUAUGUUUUCAAAAAUAAAAGAGCAAUACAACGCACCGGAUCAAAUGAACAAAAACUACCAAUAUUUUGUAUUGGCACAGUCACGCAUCAGAACUUGCCAUGCUGUAUUACUUAUAUCUAAUCUAUUUUCUUCUCUGGUAGGUGAUGAUUGCUGUUUCCAUUCAAUGGAUUUGAAAUGUGGUGUUCCAUGCUAUAAAGAAGAUUUAUAUCAGUGCCGAAAUGCCAUUGAAUGGUCUGACCUAUUAUCUCAGUACAAAAUAACGUUAGAUUCGAAAUUUUCAUUGAUUGAAUUGUCUAAUGGUAAUGAAACUUACGAAAAUUGCUUGAGGUUUCUUUCUACAGGCGAUAGUUUCUUUUACGGGAAUGCUAAGGUUUCGUUAAGUACAUGUCUAUCAUUGCUGAUAUCUAUCCAUGAAAAAAUAUUUAUUGAAAGAAAUAAUGCAAGAAUCAGUAAUAACAGCUAUAACAGCAAUAACAUUGAGUUAGACGAUAUUGAGUGGAAGAUCACUUCUAGACAACGGAUCGAUACAAUGUUGAAAUACUGGGAAAAUCUUUAUUUGAAAAAUGGUGGCAUCUUAACACCCACUGAAAACAGUAUGUCAACAAUAAACGCCAAUCCAGCAAUGAGGUUAAUAAUUCCGGUAUAUUUGUUUGCCAAAAUGAGGCGGUGUUUAGAUCUGGCGCACGUUAUUGAGAAAAUCUGGUUAAAAGAUUGGUCCAAUAUGAAUAAGGCUUUGGAGGAAGUUUGCUAUGACAUGGAUUCAUUGAGAGAAGCUACCGAAUAUGCCUUGAAUUUGGUGGAUGCAUGGACUUCAUUUUUCACGUACAUUAAACAAGGCAAGCGCAAAAUUUUCAACACUCCAGUAUUCGCAACCACAUGCAUGUUCACUGCCAUAUUAGUCAUUUCGGAAUAUAUGAAAUGUGUAGAGGAUUGGGCACGCGGAUAUAAUGCAAACAACCCUAACUCAGUAUUAUUGGAUUUUUCGGAUCGGAUCUUAUGGCUAAAAGCAGAAAGGAUUUUGAGAAGAUUACAAAUGAACUUGAUACCGAAGGAGUGUGAUGUAUUGAAGUCGUAUACCGAUUUUUUAAGAUGGCAAGACAAGGAUGCCCUAGAUUUGUCAGCACUAAAUGAAGAACAAGCACAAAGGGCCAUGGACCCGAAUACCGAUAUAAACGAAACAAUUCAAUUGAUUGUAGCGGCAAGUCUGUCCUCUAAAUGUUUGUAUUUGGGUGUUCAAAUAUUGGGUGAUGCGCCAAUCUGGCCUAUUAUAUUAUCGUUCGCUCAUGCUUUGCAAUCAAGAGCGAUCUAUAGCGUUACGAAGAAAAGAAAUACUAGAAUAUAA